CGAUCUACCUACCAUUCCAUCGUCGUCCGUUGAGAAACCGCAGUAACUUUUUCGAUUUUCUGCGACGCGCACAACAAGCCUUUUUUUUUUUUGGGUUAAUUUAUUUGUUUCCCUCGUUCGUUCUUCCUGUCUCGCUUCGCGACUUUCCGUCAAACUGAAAGUUAGAUUCCGUAUCAUCAUUCCAUGGCGAAGGUUUUGAACCAGACUGGUUUGGUUUCAGCUUGGCACGGCGAUGUACAACAGCGUCCUCGCAAAAUUUCUCUGCGUACAAGGAUUCUUAGCUAUGAUUCUGGUGUUUCUUUGAGUUUCGCUGUGAAGAGGUUUCGGUCUCUGAAACUAAAAUCCCAGGUUCUCAGAUCUUCAUCCUUUUCAUCUUCUGAACUCCAUGGCAAAAACCUUGUGUUUCACGAGCAUGCUCGCAUUCCCGGCAGAGGGAAAUCCUUUUCUCGAUCCUCGUCGGUAGCUCAGAUGGCCCUCAGAAUUGGUAAAACUCAGAAAUGGUGGGAAACAGGGCUUCAACCUAAUAUGAGGGAGGUGACUUCGGCUCAAGACCUUGUGGACUCCCUAUUAAACGCAGAGGACAAGCUGGUGGUUGUUGAUUUCUUUUCUCCUGGUUGUGGUGGUUGCAGAGCUCUCCAUCCUAAGAUAUGUCAGCUGGCAGAGAUGAAUCCAGAUGUUCAAUUCCUUCAAGUGAAUUAUGAGGAGCAUAAAUCCAUGUGUUAUAGUCUAAACGUCCACGUCCUUCCCUUCUUCCGCUUCUACAGAGGCGCGCAUGGUCGUUUAUGCAGCUUUAGCUGUACCAAUGCCACGAUCAAGAAGUUCAAAGAUGCAUUGGCCAAACACACCCCAGAUAGAUGCAGCUUGGGCCCAACUAAAGGGUUGGAGGAGAAAGAGCUCCUGGCUCUCUCUGCCAACAAAGAUCUGUCAUUCACUUACACACCGAAACCAGCGGAAGUUAUGCAUGAAGCCCCUGCACAGCCAGCUUCUCCUAGUUCGGAACCCCUUCCAUUAGCUUCAAUGAGACCCAAGUCUUGUAAGGCGGACAAGGAGAGAAGUCUGAGCACCGCUGGGUGCUGAGGCGAUGAAUUUGUGAACAUGCCUCAUCUCUUGAUUACAAGUCAUGUACAGUGUAUCUUUGGCCUAUAAUCUAAUAGCAGUAAAGGUGAAGGUGUUUUUUUUUCCCCUUUUUUCUGGCCAAAGGUGAAGAUGUUAUUUGCUCCCCCUGGCCGCUUCAGGCUGAUGGAUUUUUUUUUUCUUGGGGAUCCAAGCCUGGUUGGUUUUAUAAUAGGAAUAGGAAGUGGCAGUGUGUUGUAUAAUGUCAAAUACUAUGUGAUGUUUUAUCUGUUACAAGAUGCAUAUCCUUCUAUUUUCCAAUAAACGAUCCUACUUUUGUUAA